UUCACUUUUUCCAUCAAAUAUUGGAGUCACAGCUUAAAAAAAAAAACAGAAGAACCGAAAAAGUCGUAGAUAAUAUUUUCAUAUUUUCGACUCUAUUUGAGGUUUUCUGUCAAACAUUGGAGUCACAGUUUGAAAAAAAUAUAAAAAUAUCUAUAGAGAAGUGGACACUUUGAAACUGAAGCCCUUCAUGCACCAGACCGAAUAGCCUAUAUUGACCGAGUUAACGGCUCUUUUUUAGGUCACAUCACAGCUCCCAGAGGAGGUCAAUUCCAUGGAUUCCAUACCUAGGCUGAAGAACUUGAACGCAACAGGCGCAGGAACAGGCGCAGGCGUCAAGAAAGAACGAAAAAAUUUCCCGAAACGGACGAUACAAAUAAUGCAACAAUGGCUGUUUGAAAAUAGAUACGAUCCUUACCCAGAUAAGGAUGACAAGGUGAAGUUAUGCAGAGAAGCUGGGGUGACAAUGUUACAGCUGAGUUACUGGCUUGCCAACGCCCGAAGAAGAAAACUUCCCGAAAUGCUUCGUUUAGAAGGACGUAAUUCGAAGGAUUAUACUAGGUCGUACGGCUCUAAAAAGAUUCGGGUGCCAAAAAAUACCAAAGCCAACAUGCUACCUGUCGACGAAGGGAUUGAACAGGGAGCGGGAGACAACUAUGGAAUUAAUAUUGACCAAUCAGAUCACGAAAAUGCAGAAACUCAAAAUUUGCCAAAUGAGGAUUUCUUCUCUUGGAUCCUGGAAGAAGAUGAGCUCGAUUCAAUACCCGGUGUAAAUCCAAUAGGUCCUCAUGCCGAUCCGGUACCCUUGAAUCAAAUUGCUCUUGAUCUUAUGGUAACAACAGAAGAUGAAGGCGAGGAAACGGUUUUAACUUGCCUCUAGGCUGUUGAAUUAAUUUCUACCAAAAAUACAAUAAUUAAUAUCUAUUAUGUAGACUACAUUAAGUUUUAGUUUUAAUAUUGUUCUAUAAUGAUUGAUUACGAAUUUGUAAAGAAUUCUGGUGUCC